UUAACACCGUCUCCGCCAAUCUUUUCUUCCAACCACAGGCCGUGAACUGAGAGAGAAAGACCAUCAAUGGAAGAGCCAAAACCCUUUCCCGAAAGCAGAAAGAGGCCUCUUGAGCAUGUCGCAACUCACACGCAGAAUUCUCCUCAGUACAAAAUGCGUGCUGUUCUCAGAGACCUCCGGGCCCCUUUCGUUGAGGUGCUCAAGACUCCUGAUUUUCAAAAUUGCAAGGCAGCUACCGAUAUCCGUGAAGGGAUGAAGCUUUUGAUGGAUCUGUACAAAGACAUGACAGAACAAUCCACCAAGCUGGAGAAGUGUAGCAAGAGUGACAUUGACAACGGCCAGAAGCCUCUGGAGCAUCAAGAUGUGAAACCUGCAGUGAAGCAUCCCCAGAACAGGGAGUCAACUAAGCCAUCAGAUACUCAGGUGGAAGGAACAUAUAUUGUCGGGGGUUCUGCUUUUGGUUGGAACUUCAUCACAUUCAGCAGUGCCAAAUCUGUGUAUUAUGGGCGAACAAAAGAGGAUUUUCGAGCCGCAAACCCCAAGUCUGACUGAACAAGGAGGAGGAUGCCCCCUUCUUACUCGCCCAGCUUCUUAUAGUUCAUGCAACAACAGUGAAGGGAGUGGUUGUUGUGUAUAACGUGUUUGAAGUCUGUAGACGGUGAUUCCUUUUCGCUUUCUGGUAAAUUUAAUGAACAACAGAUGGGUCAUACUAGCUUCCAAUGAAGUGUUGUAAUAUACUUCAAUUUUUUUAAAGAGUAGAUUUGGGAAUA